AUGUUCACCAAGCAGACUCUUCUCGCUUUCGUCGGCGCUCUGGCCCUCGGCGCAGCCAAGACCAUCACUGAGGAGAACCCAACUCAGGCGGAGAUUGAUGCCGCUCGUGCGACAGUCUUGCCUUACUCGCCUGUAUCCAACGUCAAGGGUCUGGCCUUUGACCGUUUCGUGGACAUCUGGCUUGAGAAUACCGACUAUGAUACUGCCGCUCUGGAUGAGAACCUGGCCAACAUUGCCAAGGAGGGUAUCCUCUUGACCAACUACUUUGCCGUCACCCACCCCUCGGAGCCAAACUAUUGCGCCUCCGCCGCUGGUGACAACUUUGGCAUGGACAAUGACGACUUCCACCAGAUCCCCGCCAAUGUCUCAACCAUUGCCGAUCUGUUCGACACCAAGCACAUUGCAUGGGGUGAAUACCAGGAAGACAUGCCCUAUGCCGGCUACCAGGGUUUCCGGUACCCACUCAGCGGUCCAAACCAGUACGUGCGCAAGCACAACCCCCUGGUCCUGUUCGACUCCGUCACCAACGACGCUGUGCGUCCCCGCCAGAUCAAGAACUUCACCACCUUCUACGAAGACCUUGAGCACCACCGUCUUCCCCAGCACAUGUUCAUUACCCCGAACAUGACCAACGAUGCCCACGACACCAACAUCACUUUUUACUUCGCCAAGGACAACCUCGUCCUCCUCACCUUCGACGAGGUGGGCAACUACUCAGUCCCCAACCGUGUCUACAGUAUCCUCCUUGGUGGUGCCGUCCCCGAGCACCUUCGGGGCACUACCGAUGACACCUUCUACACCCACUACUCCGUCAUCGCCUCCCUGUCUGCUAACUGGGGUCUCCCUUCGCUCGGUCGCUGGGAUUGCGGUGCCAAUCUGCUCAAGCUGGUUGCCGAGAAGACUGGAUACGUCAACUGGGAGGUUGACACCACCAACGCCUACAUCAACGAGACCUACCCUGGCCCUCUGUCUGACAACGACUACUCCGAGUACUCCCCCAAGUGGGCUAUCCCUACUGUCAAGGGCAAGUGCUCUGCUGGCCACGGCAUUGCCGACGUCGUUAAGAAGACCUACCACGGUCUUGAGCCUACUUACAACUACACCAGCCCUGUGCCAUAUGACUCGGCCACAGGUCUGAACCUUGGUAUCAAAUACCACCGUACUCUGAACGGCAAGACGGAGUCCGGUAUCACCGCGUAA